AUGUGGAAAGUGAGAGAGCUGGCGGAUAAAGUAACCAACGUCGUGAUGAACUACACGGAGGUCGAAGGUAAGGUUCGGGAGGCGACCUCCGACGAGGCGUGGGGCCCCACUGGCCAGCAGAUGCAGGAGCUGGCGCUCGCCACGUUCACCUACGAGCACUUCCCGGAGGUGAUGUCGAUGCUGUGGCGGCGGAUGCUGCACGACAACAGGUCCCACUGGCGGCGCACGUACAAGUGCCUGCUGCUGCUCAGCUACCUGGUGCGCAACGGCUCCGAGCGGGUGGUCACGUCGGCCAGGGAGCAUAUCUACGACCUUCGAUCACUCGAGAACUACACGUACGUCGACGACCUGGGCAAGGACCAGGGCAUCAACGUAAGGCACAAGGUGCGCGAGCUGAUCGACUUCAUACAGGACGACGAGAAACUCCGCGAGGAGAGGAAGAAGGCAAAGAAGAACAAGGACAAAUAUAUCGGCAUGUCUUCGGAGGCGUCCGUGAUGGGUGUGCGCGGGGGAGGGGGAGGCGGCGGAGGCGGGGGGGCAGGGGGAGGGGGAGGCUGGGGAGAGUACAGCGAUCGAGCGGCGCCAGGCUGGGACGACGUGAAGGAGCGCAAUGAUGAUGACGAAUACGAGCGCGAAGAUUCGGACGGCGAGUACGGUCAUAGAAAACCGCACAAGGAGAACGUGUACCGUGACGCGGAGGUGGUAGAACGCAGCCCUAGGGGCGAAGCGCCGGCCUCCGCCCCCGCGCCAACCCCCGCCAAGCCUCUAAACAUCAGCCUCCGCACCCCAGCCAAGAGCAAACCCAACACGCCCGUCAAGAAGAUCGACCUCGGUGCGGCAGCGUCCUACGGCAAAGCGGCCCCCAGUGCACCAGAAUCGCAGAACAACAACUCUAAUGAACUGCUGGACGACCUGUUCAAGACCUGUCCAGCUCCAUCCUCUGGGAGCGCCUCGCUCGUUCUAGAAGAUGACUUUGACCCAAGAGCUGAAGAGGCGCAGGCCGAGUUCGGGGACUUCUCGCAGGCCUUCGCCCCCCCCGGCCCCUCCGCCCCAUCGGCCGCAGCAGCCCCGGAGGGGGGCUUCGCCGACUUCAGCAGCGCCUUCUCCGCCGAACCGACGCCCCCGCCCACCAACAAUAACGUGGUCCCGCCGGCGGCGGCAUCGAACCUGGACCUUCUGAGCGACCUCAGCCCGCCGCCGAUCGGCACUGCGCAGUCGGGGCUCAGCGACCUGGACGCCUUGACGGGCCAGUUCUCCGCCACGACGCUGCAGCCCAUGUCGCCAGGCGUCGGGCAGGGGACUGCGCCCACCCUUAGCCAGAGACGCUUGGCGGCCGCCCUGGAGCACCUCAAUGUAGGGCUCCGCCCCCUCGGCCGGAUCAAGUCGGAAGCGGAGGCGGCCAACGUGAAGACUCUCCUCGCCAACGUGCUGCAGAACCUACCAGGACCGAUUACCGUGCACAAGCUGUGCCACGCCGAGGAUGCCAUCAUGGACGAGUUCCUGAUCGACCUCCACUCGAGGACGCUGACCGCCCUGGUGAGGGUCUGCCUGCCGUGCUGGCCGCUGAUGAGGCAGCAGAUGGUCGAGGUCUUCACGGUCGAGGAGAGCUUCGAGGUCAGCAACGAGUGCCUGAGCGCGCUGUGCGGCUUCCUCAAGGAGGAGCCGGAGCCGGCGGUGGUGGCGGCGCUGGCCUCCAUUCUGCUGGCGUACGCGAAGAGCGACGCGGCGUUCGUCGCCGUCGUGGGCAGCUGCGCAGUCGGAGCGGGGGGCGGAGAGGGGGGCGGGGCCCACUUCCGCCAGUACGUGCAGCUGCUGGCGACCCUGCCCGAGAGGGUGGCCAACCGCCUCGCCACCCGGACGCCGAGGCAGUUCUCGCACGGCCGCUUCGCCCACAUCCUCGCGUUCCAGAUCGUCCGCACGCUGGACUUCGCCGCGGAGAGCAGCCACCGCGCCGGCGCCAACUACGACCUGGGCCCGAUCUCCCACCUCGUCUCCAAGUUCGUGAACGUCUACAACGGCACCGAGGCCAUGUCCAAACUGGUCGACUUCCUCGUGGCCUGGCCCGGCGCGGACGCCAAAGACCGCGCCCGGUUCGUCAAGGUCAGGCUGGUGCAGACCCUCAUGAGGCGGCUGAACCGCCAGGCCAUAGACAACGUGGCGCUGAGUCUGUUGAAGAGGUGCCCCAUAGACUAUAGGCAGGGGGAGCAGGCGAUAAGGCGCGUGCUGGGCGACAGCUUCGACGUUAACAAGGACUGGAGCGACGUGCUCGGCUUCAGGGUGCCGUUCUGCGUAAAGCCCGACCGCUACAAAGAGACGGCGACGGUGGAGAACCUCAUAUAUUAUCUGUCGACGACUAAGAAUAACGCGACGGUGCUGUCAGACCUGGCGUUGAAAUUGGCGGGCGCCUGGUCGGACAUAAAAGCGGCCAACGUGUCGAGUCUGGACGAGCUGAUGUACACCUCGCAGCUGCUGGUGCUGGCGGUGAAGUACAGGACCGUCUUGGCGCUGUCCAAGCGCGCCUCUUGGCCACUGAUCGAACUGAAGAAGGUCCUCUUCAAAGGGGUGUCCAAGCACCUGGAGCUGCUCUCGCCGGAGCACCGCGCCGUCGGCAUGGCCACCAUAGAGGUGGUGCUCAAGACCGUGGCCAAGAUCGACAACGCGAACCCGAAAGCCGCCGAGCAGCUGAGCUUCGACUACGAGGAUAUGGGGCCCACGUGCGUGGAAAUACACAAAAUCCUCAGCGAUCUGACUCGCCGGUGCUUGAUCGACGACACGCGGAGGCCCAACGUGCCCAACAGUAAGGUCAAGAAGACCAACCUGACCCAACUGCUGGACAGCAUCGCGUACGAAGUGGUCGACAACGCGUCCGAGCCGGUGCACAACACGAUAGUGACGUGCGCCGUGAAGAGCCAGGAGCAGACCAAGGCGAUCGUGAAGACGAUCAUAUCCGCCAAGCUGGACGCCCUGGACAAGUCGGGCGCCGACGAGGUGCUGGACUCCGACGACGACCUGCAGCCGUACGACAUGAGCAACGACGUGGCCAGCGCGUCCAAGAAGCGGCCGAUGUACCUGCGCGACCUGCUGGACGCGCUCAACGAGGCCAAGGACCUGGACUCGUUCGAGGCGGCGCUCGCCGGCGCCGAGCAGCUGGUCGCCACGCACCUCGCCCUGGAGGACAGGAGCCUGGCGAUCGACCUUCUCGACCUGUUCGUCCAUCUGGAGGAGAAGUACCACGUGGAGGACUUCGACGGCCUCAAGUUCAACGCGGCCGUGGCGGUGGUCUGCAGCCAGCCGGCGGCGUGCGCAGAGCAUCUGUGCAGGGAGAUCCACACGGACGUGGGCCGAUACUCGAUCGCGACCAAGAUCUUCAUGCUGGACGUGCUCUCGGAGGCCGCCAGCCGCAUCGCCGACCUGCGCCCGCCGCCGGAGCAGAAGAAACGCGACGAGGUGGUGAUCACUCCUGAGGAGGAGCUCUCGGCCGAGGAGGUGGUGCGGAGGCGUCUGGUGAGCAAGACUAGGUACUUCCACUCGCGGCGGCAGCACCCCUUCGCCAGGACGAGGCGGAACCGCUUCGCCGCCGUGGCGGACCACUUCAUCUACCACCUGAUCGGCGGCUUCGGGCGUCGGCAGCUGACCCUGAGCCGGCACAACCUGAAGCAGGACGUGGACAACGCGCUGCUGCUCAAGUACCUCUCCGUGGUGGGAAACCUCAUCCUGGCCUCCAAGAACUGCCCCAAGUGCCCCAGCUACUGCCGGGAAGCGCUGCCGAUGGUGCUCUACUUGAGAUACUCCUCGGAGCUCAAGGUCCAGAUGUGCGUGAUCUCGAUAGUCGCCUCGAUGGUGCUGGUGCUGCCGGAGAGCCUGAUGAGGAGCGAGUUCUUCGGCCCGCUGAUGGAGAUCAGGUCCUGGCUGGUCGACCGGCUGGUCUAUUUCGACGAGAGACUGGGCCACGUGGGGGCCAACUCCGAUCUGGCGCUGUUCGCGGGUCAAGUGCUGCGUCUAAUCGAGAAUAUCCUUACGGACGACUCUGAA